AUGGCCAACACAUUUACCGAAGACAACUUUGAUGCCGAAGUCCUGCAGUCGAGCGAACCGGUUCUGGUCGACUUUUGGGCUCCCUGGUGCGGUCCUUGCCGCCAGCUGGCUCCAGUCAUCGAUCAACUGGCCACCGAAUACGAAGGUUCGGUCAAAGUUGGUAAAGUCGACACCGAUCAGAACCCAAAUCUGGCCGUGAAGUACGGUAUCCAGAGCAUCCCGACCGUCAUGAUCUUCAAGAAUGGCGAAGUCGUGAAUCAAAUGCUCGGCAACCAGCCGAAGGCCAACCUGCAGCAAGCCCUCGACGCAGCCAAAGGCUAA